GCUAAUUCCUCUUACAGUCCUGAGUCUGAUUUCGCUCAUUUGCUCUGAAUGCCUUUUUGUCCUCAGAAUGUAUGUGCUCUGGAACAGAAAUAGAAUUCUACUUGUAGCCAUGCUGUCCAGCCUUUUUGCUGUCACUGUAUUAUGCACCAUCAUUAGUUUUACUCCUAUUGUGAUUGGUUAUUUUACGGCUAAUGUGAUCCCAGACUGUCCCAAGAGCUUCGGCAGUUUCUCAUUCUUCAUACCGUUUGCUCUCUUGCUUGUGUUCCAACUGGUACUGGUGUCCCUCACACUCGUGCGUGUCAUACAGAGUUGGCAGUUGGCCAAGGGUCCUCUGUACGCCAUCCUAUUGAAGCACAACAUAUUCUACUAUGCAUGUGGUUUGCUUCUCUCGAUCAUAAACGUUCUUGUGCCAUUGCUGCCGCUUCCUGAUUUCAUAUCCUAUUUCCUCCCCGAAGGUUUGGAGACCUUUAUCCUUGUGAUCCUUGCUACGCGCAUGCACCUCCACCUCUGGCAUAUGGACCAGCAUGUGGACACCUCUGAUAUUGUCGCAUGGAUAUAUAUGCCGGACAUGUCACCUGCAGACUGUGCAGUGUAACAUCUUAUCACGUGGGUUAUUUGGCGUUGUUUGUGAACUUGAAGUGGGACUUUGAGCACAUGGUACGAGCCCCGGAGGAUUAGCCUCUGGGGAGGUUCUUUCAAGACUCUUUUCCUAAUUGCACUUAUGAUCACCUCUUGGCACCUUCGU